ACACGUGUCCCGUACGCGCAUUUACGCUCGCGCACCCUUUGUAUCGUUCGCCAUCCCGAGUUUCCCUCCUACAAACGUGCAACGACGCAUAAACCUUUCGGAAUAUUCAGUCGAAAGCGAAGAGUGAAAUAACGUUUAGCGUCUCCUGAAAACGCGUUGAUUCAAUUCUGAAAUCGUCUCUCAGUGCUCACUGAAAGCAGAAUUCUCUUCGAGUGGUCAGUAGUUAAGAAAAUAAAUAUCGCUAGUUAGCGAACAACGAUGUGAGUUGCGGGGCAACGACCACACAAGGGCAAUGCCAUUUGCUCACCUGACAAAAAACUGUGGACUAACAUCGAUUCGAAACGACUUUGCUGACCUUUUCGAGAAUUCUUACAAUGUCUAUCCGCGUCGUUGCGGGGUCCGUUGAACCCGCUCGUGUUUCGGCGUCUUUUAUGCUCGAUAACAAUGUUUCGAUAGCCGUCGAUCCAAAUCACGAUUCUCUGCAACUUUUCCCAUCAAGAAACCCCGAUUUCUGAACACCAGUGAAGUUGGAGGGGUUUCGACUGUCCAUGAAAAAAGUUGAAGUCAACAAUUCGUGAGAAGCAAAAGAUUCAACGCGACGAAUCGAUUGAUGAAUUUGCAAACCUCUUGAUUCAUAUGCCGAGUCCUCUGCAGGAUUGUAACAAAACGUAUGACAAUGUAAUGAAAAGACCAGUGCAGUUUGCUCAGGUGCCGCUGAUCGUGAGAAUUCCACGUGAUCGUACGAGGAGUGACAUUUUUUGUUCGCAAGCUUGACGAAUUUUAUCGUCCGAACGUAACCGAUCGAUAAAAACCAAAUCGCAGAGUGAUGAGGAGAGAGAAAUUGGAAAUCUGCCGAAUAUUUGCUCGCCGAACAGUCAGCCCGACACGAAGAGUGCCAAAUUUAGUAUUCCCCAGGACAUAAAUCCCAGUGCUGUUUCUUUUUAAAUGAAAAAGUGCUGCUGUUUGUACGAAAAAGAAAGAAAAUGCGAUUCCAGACCAGCCAAAAUGUCACUGACGCAGAGCUCUCUCUGCCUCUCCGACGCCUUAUCGUAACGAAAUAAAUUGAACGCAUUUUAAAACCCCGGGGUCAUCGCCAGAGGGGAACAAUCUCGCGAUGUCCACGCCGGAUAUGAUGGACACCAUUGAAGAGGCUGAGCAGGCCUGGAAUGAGAUGCUGGAAUGCGAGACUGGAUCUCUCCUUGGCAGAGUCGCUGAUCUCGAGAGGCAAUCGCUCGCACAGAGGGACGAGAUUGUCUGUCUUCGCGCUACUCUCGCCGAUGCACUGCGGCGAAUCGCUCAAUUGGAGGGCCGGGAUAAAAGGGAGGACGAGAGAAACGAGAGGAGAAACGAGAGACUCGUAUCUUCACCUCUUAGAAAUGGCCACGUACCGCUGAGGGGCCAGAAUUCCUUAACGCAAAAGGACCCGCGGCUACGACAAGGCAGCGCAUCUUGCUUGCGAAAUUCUUCGUCGGGUUCGAGUCAGGACGUUCGUGACGCCACGGCCAGUCCGAGACGACCUUCCAGUUACACGCCACCCUCGCAACUACCCCAGAGAAGAUCAGUCCACUAUCAAUCGACGGGUUCGUUACAUUCGGACAGUCCAAGUAGCAGCAGUGUGUCACCAGUACCAUCGCCGAGCCCGCGAGCCACUCCUCUGCCGGUUGCCAGGUCACCGACUGCCAGAACGAACGGUCCACCGCAGAGCAACUUGAGACGCGCGAAGAGAUGGUCGUCGACCGGAGACUUUACGAACUCGCCACAAUCGCCCGGCGCUAAUUCGCAGCUCGGAGCGUCCAGCAGAUUGUCCACGUCGACCAAGUCACUGUUCAACCUCUUCAAGCCCCCGGUCCAGAACAACGUCAAGCACGGUACGAGAGACAUGAAGUACAACGAAGCGGAAGGCACCGUACGCAUGUACCUUCGGGGUCGACCCGUCGUACUUUACGUACCAACACCCUCCGUCGACACCUACGACCUUCAUAAAGUCAGCACCCCGCCCCAAAGCAAACUCAAACUUGAUUGGGUCUACGGUUAUCGGGGAAGAGACUGCCGAAGCAAUCUCCACUUUUUGCCAACCGGCGAAAUGGUUUACUUCGUUGCUGCUGUUGUCGUACUUUACAACAUGGAGGAACACUGCCAAAGACACUAUUUGGGGCACACCGAUGACGUCAAAUGCAUAGCGAUUCAUCCAAACAAGAUGAUCGUAGCCACAGGCCAAGUUGCAGGGACCGACAGAAGAGAAGCGAUGCCUCACAUAAGAAUAUGGAACGCCGUGAGUCUGACGACUUUGAGCGUAAUUGGAAGCGGCGAGUUCGACGGUUCGAUAUGUUGUUUAUCUUUCUCAAAGGCGGACGGUGGCAAUUUUCUAUGCGCCAUAGACGAGACCUCGGAUCACAACAUAUCGGUCUGGGAGUGGCAGAAGGGCGAUCGUGGCGUCAAAGUUACGGAGACCAAGUGCUCCGUAGACACGGUGGUUUGCGCUGAGUGGCAUCCGCUGGAACGGAACCAGAUAGUCUCCUGUGGAAAGGGCCACGUAUCAUUUUGGUCGCUGGACAAUGGUGGAAUGCUUUACAAGCGUAUGGGAGUUUUCGAGGGUCGUGAGAAACCGCGAUACGUAACUUGCGUCGCUUUCAAUCAAAAUGGUGACGUGCUGACGGGCGACAGUAAUGGAAACAUAAUCGUGUGGUCCAGAGGCACAAAUACGAUGGCAAAACUCGUGAAGAAUCUUCACGAAGGCUCUAUAUUUUCGAUCUGCGUUUUGAAAACGGGAAAUAUCGUUACUGGGGGUGGAAAAGAUGGAAGGAUUUUGUACUACGACGGUUCUCUCAACCUCACCGGAGUCGAAGCUCAGAUCGAGGAUCAUUUUGGUGGUAUAAGGACCUUGUCCGAAGGACGUGGCUUCCAACUGCUUGUUGGAACCACGAGAAACUGCAUUCUCGUUGGUGACGUUGAAAUGGGUUUCAGUCCAGCGAUGCUGGGACACACCGAAGAAGUUUGGGGUCUCGCUUCCCAUCCAACUUUACCACAGUUUGCAACUGCUGGACACGACAGAUUGCUCCAAAUGUGGGACAGUCUCAGUCACACCGUCGUGUGGAGCAAAGACAUUGCGGAACAAGCACAGAGUGUAUGCUUCUCUCCUGAUGGUUCGAUAAUGGUCGUCGGCUGCGUAUCAGGCAAAUGGUUGGCAAUUGAUAGCGGGACUCGAGAGCUUUACACCCACCAUUCGGACGGUUCCGAACCUCUGCAGGUUGUGAGUUUCUCGCCAAAUGGCACGCUCCUCGCUCUGGGAUCGCGGGACAAUCAUAUUUAUAUAUAUCAAGUGAACGAGGACGCGACAAAAUACAGCAGAGUUGGACGCUGCUUGCCAAAGAGGAUACGAAGGCCGAGAGGGCAUUCGAGUUUCAUAACUCAUUUGGAUUGGUCAGUCGACGGCCAAUAUUUACGAAGCAACAGUGGCGACUACGAGCUUUUGUAUUGGAACCCCGGAAUUUGUCGGCAAAUUCCACAAGCCUCGAAUUUACGAGACGUCGAUUGGGCGACUCACACUUGUGUCAUUUCUUUCGAGACGAUUGGAAUUUGGCCGGAAGGGGCGGAUGGCACUGACAUCAACAAUUGUGCCCGUAGCGGUGAUGGCAAAUUGCUUGCGACCGGUGACGAUUUUGGCAAGGUCAAACUAUUCUCACACCCGGCAUCGCAGCCCAAGUCAUUAUGCCACUCGUACGGAGGGCACUCGAGUCACGUGACGAACGUAACGUUUCUUCAGGAUGACACACGUUUGGUAUCAACCGGAGGAGCGGACACGAGCGUUCUGCAGUGGAUCGUCAAUUAAAAAACGAUAUAUUUAUUGAGGAAAAGCGACGACGCUUAAAUUCUAAAAAGAGAGAAAGAGAAGAGAGAAGGGAAAGUUUGAUGGAGAAGAGAUUACGAAUCGAGACUUGAAUUAAAUGAUACGAACUGUCAUACCACGAUACCGUCCAGAGAAAAAGGUUUGCAGUGAAAAGUUAAUUUUCUAAAGAGAGAAAACAAGAAGAAGAAGUUACUCUCGAAGUACUUAUUUCUCGUGGAAUUUUUUUUACACACAAUUAUUACGAGAUGAAUGUUUGCACGAGGAAACGAACAAAUUUCAGAGAUAUUUACGAUGGCGUAUCGCUUAUCCAUAUUUUUCUUCUUCUUUAACUUUUUCCAAAAGAUAAAAACUUGUUUUUCUUCGAUAACGGUUAUAAAUAUAUUAUUCCCUACAUUGAUUUGUCACUGUAAAUAACCAAAACGUGAAUUAUGCGAGAUCUUUCAACGUCACUAGAUGUUAUGCAUUCACAACUAUUCUUUUUCUUUUCGAGUCCUUUUUUUGCCAAUUGGCCAAAGUCAUGAGCAUUUUUUUUCGUUUAUUUCACUCACGUCGCCGUGUAAGAUAACUCCUAUACAUAAUAUACAUAUAUUUUAUUUAUGCCAUGUCGACAAUUUCGUCUGCAUAUUGUAACUUUGAAAAAUAAAUAGAAGUGAAAACAAAA